CGACGCCGCGCCGCGCGCCGUAUCGCUUGCUGGCGGCUUGUUGUGCUAUGACCGUUACUGUGCGGUAUGACUGUGCUGAUUUGUAAAAUAUAAAGUGGAACUGAGUGAGACUGUCGUGCAGUGAUCGUUGUGGUGUGAUGUGGUGAUCAUGUCUUCGGUGGUGUGGGAUUUGGUGCCGGUCCGAUGCCGCUGGAUCGAGACCCUGAGACAUUGCGGCAAAACGCUCCUGCGCCGUCAACGCAAGAUACUUAGACGUAUCAAAAAGGUGUACCUACACAGUUGGCGCUCCGCAGACGAGCUGAACAUGUUGGUGGGUGCGAAGGUGGGCGGCGCCACGCCGCUGGUGAUCGCCUGCAGGAACGGACACUACGACGUGGCCGAGUAUCUCAUCGAGAGGUGCAAGGCCGACAUCGAACAGCCCGGAUCAGUGACAUUCGACGGCGAGACGAUAGAGGGCGCUCCGCCGCUCUGGUGCGCAGCGGCCGCCGGCCACCUCCCCCUAGUACGUCUUCUAGUCCGCGCGGGCGCGUGCGUGAAUUCCACCACGCGAACGCACAGCACGCCGCUGCGCGCCGCCUGCUUCGACGGCCAUUAUGAUAUCGUCAAGUUCCUCGUGGAGAGUGGGGCAGAUAUAGAAAUAGCGAAUCGGCACGGUCACACGUGUCUAAUGAUAGCGUGCUACAAGGGUCACAUCAGAAUCGCCAAAUACCUGCUAGCGCUCAAAGCCGAUGUCAAUAGGAAGAGUGUCAAAGGCAACACAGCACUACACGACUGCGCAGAGAGCGGGUCCCUUCACAUACUCAAGAUGCUGCUACAACACGGGGCUACUAUGGACGUUGACUCGUACGGUAUGACUCCACUACUAGCAGCAUCAGUAACCGGCCACACACACAUAGUAGAACACCUAAUCAACGCUGAAAACGGCUUAGUCACGAGACAGCAGAGAAUCGACGCUUUAGAACUAUUAGGAGCCACGUAUGUUGACAAGCGACGAGAUAUGGUUGGCGCACUCGCGCUAUGGAAGAGAGCGAUGGACGACCGGUUCCCGUCGGACGGCAGUCCUCCGAUCCCCAAGCCCAAAGAUGUUCCGCGCAUCGAGGCCUACGAGUGGGCCGCGGAGCCCUGCGACGCCGCCGCGCUGGGGGAGCUGCUAGCCGACCCUGAUGCUAUGAGGAUGCAGGCGCUAGUGCUUAGAGAACGAAUAUUAGGCCCAGCACACCCAGACACAUCGUACUACGUGCGGUACCGCGGCGCCGUGUACGCGGACGCGGGCCGCUUCGCCCGCUGCCGCGCGCUGUGGCACCACGCGCUCGACAUGCAGCGCGCCGUGCUGCCGCCGCUCAGCCCGCUCACGCAGUCCAGCCUCUACUCCUUCGCCGAGCUGUUCGCCUACAUGCGCGCCGAGCGCGCCCGCCCUCCCAACCGCGGUCGCAUCGUCCCACCCGUCACAUUCGAGGACAUCGACCCAGUAUUCAAGAAGGCUCUAUCAGAAAUACAUCGCGGCAUGGAACUACUCAAGUCCAAACUCAGUAUCGAUAGGGAGCAGACGUUAACCACGCUACAGCGCGUCUUAGUCAUAGCAUUACACUUAGCGGCAUUACUGGCGAGGUUAUUAGAAGAACCGGAGUGUACUCAGGAAGAUUCAAGGGCCAUACAUCAAGCAGUGUAUUCACUGGUCAAGUUGGAUAUUAAGGUCCGGCAGGGCAGGUCGGCGCUGCACGUGGCGUGCUCGGCCGAGGCGGCGCGCGCGCGCGGCGCGUGGCUGCCCGCGCCCGGCGACGCCGCGCCGUGCGCCGGCGCGCUGCUGCAGCUCAUGCUGCGCCUCGGCGCGCCGCCGCAGGCUAGAGACGCCAGGGGAGACACGCCGCUGCACCUCGUCUGCAAGCUAAACCCGUGCCCGCCGGACGUGGUCCGCUCGCUGCUGGAGCACGGCGCGCACAUCGACACCGUCAACUACGAGGGCGAGACGCCCGCCGAGAUCCUCAAGGCCUCCAACCAGUCGCUGGCCGCCAUCGUCAACCCCCUCAAGUACACCACGCUCAAAUGCCUCGCCGCGCGUACCGUCAAGAACUACAAGCUGCCCUACAGACAUGUCGUCCCGCAGUGCUUGCACUCUACCAUUAUCAAUCAUUGAGCGAAGCGGCCGCGAAUUCUGUACAAUCGGUGAGACGAAACUGUAUUGACGGGAGGCGUAGGCUGUCCGCGCGCUCCGUCAAAAACUACAGAUAUGUAGUCCCUCAGUUGUAUUCUGCCAUUACCCCUGAGCGCGCGGCGCGUAUUCUGUACUCUCGGUAAGAAAAUGUAUUGACGAGCGUUAGUCCUUUGUCUAGUGACGAUGAUUCGAUGUUCGACUCCUCUUUAUGAUCUCGCGAUAAAUUCGAUUUGACCUUGUGUUAAAUAAGUACUUCUAAUAUCGGACACGAUUUUAGUUUGAAACCACAUGAUCGUACAGAGGUGUGUCAUUGAAUUGUUUUUUACACGACAUUUAUAUUGUGAUUUUAUUUGUAGUUAUGCGUAGGUGUGCCGGUGUCUAUACAAUACACUGUACGUGUAAUGUCUCUUGAGGCUACUCGAUCCACUUGCGGAGUCAUUUGCACCGUCAUCACUGUAUUUGAUAUGUCGAUUUGAAAAUUAUCAGAUCAAUAUUUAUGAUUUUUAUCUUCACAAUGCGGACAAGGUUCACAUUUUUGAUUCAUAUUUUAUUUAUAUUUAUAGAUUUUUGGUUUACUGCAAUAUUAGGGGAAUAAAAAAAAACAUAACAGUAUAUUAUAUAAAAUUGAUGUGAUUGAUAUUGUAAUAUUUUAUCGUAAAUAUAAACGCCAUGGGUCGAUAAUAUACCUAAAAUUAAAUGUUUGUAUGUACAUAUUUUUAUUAAUAUUAUAGAGACAAAGAAAUUAUUUCAGAGAGCCAUUUAAAUAUUGCUUUUGAACCCACAUUAUUCUCGCACAUUUAACGGAAACAAUCAAUAUCCAUAUUUUUCUAUUUGUUGAAAAAUAUAAAGCUCAAUUUAAUUCGGUGUUGCUCAAAAUGCACCACAUGUGAAAAUGCAAUUUAUUAUCUUGUCUUGCCAUUUUAGAAAACAGUGUUUAUUAGAAGCAUCAAACAAUGUUGAAUUGAGAACUGUUGUGAAAUUAUAGUGAACACUCUAAUGUAUCCAGUGCUUGCCACCAGCGAAUCAGCGGAACAAGUUGCAAAAAUAUCUACACUACCAAUCUGCUCAAAGACAUGUGAGUAGAUAAUUUUGCAACUGACUAAACGUAAGUUGUUUGUGUGCUUUUAUAUUUUACAAUGAUAACUGUCAUAAAUAUCCAUGGUCCAUACUUGUCCAUCUUUAGAUAAACUAAUUGUAAUAUUACGAGCGCUUGUAAAUGUAUAUUUCUGUGUAAAUUUAAUUCCAAAUGGGGACUUAAAUAAGUGCUAUGUUAGAGAAAUACGCAUUUAAACCAGUGGUGUCGUGGCAGGCCACGACCACCUAGUGAGGACGCUUCAUUACUUUUUACGAAUUUAUAUUUCAAAUACAAUUUUGAACUGUCGUAGUGUACGAAGGUACGACAGUUCCGAGACGAAAAUUAGAACUUAGUCGUCUAGUACAGUACCUUUUUCUCAAGUCACUGCCAAUAAUCAUAAACGCCUACAGUUACACUCUAAUAGACGAUUACAAUGUACAGUCAGCAGCAGAAGUUCGGUAGCGGGCAAAGUGUUCACAAUGAUCCUAACACGCUCUUAUUGUCUUAAAAAUAAGAUCGUGUCAAGUUCAUUUUAAACACCUUGCCCGCUACGCUACUUCUGCUGCUGACUGUACUGGGAAUCACUGAACUUUCUAACUCCGUCUGUCAUGAUUCAUGAUAGGCGUUUCAAUCAACUUUCGUACACUACGACAGACCUCAAGACACACGAUUGGCGUGACGUUCAAAAAGUAGUAAAUUUACCAAGAAGUUUAGUUGGCAGCUUGUUUAUCAAUAGAUUUCUAGUUGAGAAUCCGUGUUUGGUCUGACGAGUGUUUCUGCCCUUUGGUAGAAGUCAGGCCGAGUGAUAAUCGCUUUUAGUUGAAGUUCUCAUUGUAAAUGACCGCCGCGCUUACCGUUCGUCAAGGAAGUAAAGUACGCCAUUCUCAUACAACAUGUUUUAGAUGUAUAAGAAAAUUCUUCAAAGUUGGAUUACUUUUCUCUCGUUAUUAUGAACGUACGUUCUCUUUCACAAGCAAUAAGUCGGAAGAGAAGCGCGUCUGGUUGACUAGUCCUCUAUUUUAAUUACAUUCAUAAAGCUAUACUCAUUUUUUACAUAGUUUAAUCAACGAAUCAUGAAAUUUGUAAACGCAUUGUAAAAACAAAUUAGUAUAAGUAGACGAUUAGAAAUUAAUGAUGUUGAAAUUGGUAAUGAUUUAAUGAAUAUAUUUAGAUGGGUCAGCCAUUGGAACUGAAUGUAGAUACAAAUGGAAUAUGAUAGUUACGUGUUAGCGCAGUCCACUGUUAAUCGUAAUGCGCGUAUUUCUCAUAGUAUAUUUUGAACUUAGUAUACAUUGCGUGAUUACGUACUAGUUAUUUUUUGAUGAUAUUAAUAAAAAUGCUUUAAAAUAA